AUGAGUGUACACAUGAUGCAGCACUUCCAUGGUAUGGGUGUACACAUGAUGCAGCACUUUGGUGGUAUGAGUGUACACAUGAUGCAGCACUUCAGUGGUAUAGGUGUACACAUGAUGCAGCACUUUGGUGGUAUUGGUGUACGCAUGAUGCAGCACUUCAGUACUAUGAGUGUACACAUGAUGCAGAACUUUGUUGGUAUGGAUUUACACAUGAUGCAGAACUUUGAUGGUAUGGGUGUACACAUAAUGCAGCACUUCGGCAGUAUGAGUGUACACAUGAUGCAGCAGUUCAGUGGUAUGGAUGUAGACAUGAUACAGCACUUUGGCAGUAUAUGUGUACACAAAAUGCAGCACUUUGGUGGUAUGGGUAUACACAUGAUGCAGCACUUUGCUGGUAUGAGUGUACACAUGAUGCUGCACUUCAGCGGUAUGGGUGUACAUAUGAUGCAGCACUUCGGUGGUUUGAUUGUACCAAUGAUGCAGCACUUUGGCAGUAUGUGUGUACACAUGAUGCAGCACUUCAGUGGUAUGGGUGUACACAUGAUGCAGCACUUCAGCGGUAUGGGUGUACAUAUUAUGCAGCACUUCAGUGGUUUGAGUGUACACAUGAUGCAGCACUUUGCUGGUAUGGGUGUACACAUGAUGCAGCCCUUCGGUGGUAUGGGUUUACACAUGAUGCAGCCCUUUGGUGGUACAAGUGAAAACAUGAUGCAGCACUUUGGUGAUAUGGGUGUACACAUGACGCAGCAUUUUGAUGGUAUGAGUGUACACAUGACACCGCAUUUUGAUGGUAUGAGUGUACACAUUAUGCAGCAUUUCAGUGGUGUGUGUAUACACAUGAUGCAGCACUUCAGUGGAAUGAGUAUAUACAUGAUGCAGCACUUUGGUGGUAUGGGUGUACACAUCAUGCAUCACUUUGGUAGUAUGGGUGUACACAUCAUGCAGUAUUUAGGUGGUAUGGGUGUACACAUGCUUCACCACUUUGGUGGUGUGAGUGUACACAUGAUGCAGCACUUCAGUGGUAUGGGUGUACACAUGAUGCAGCACAUUGGUAUGAGUGCACAUAUGUUGCAGCACUUUGGUGGUAUGAAUCUACACAUGAAGCAGCACUUUGGUGGUAUGGGUGUGCACAUGAUACAGCACUUUGGUGGUAGUGGUGUACACAUGAUGCAGCACUUUGGUGGCAUGAGUGUGCAAUGA